CCUUCCCCGCCCAAGCCAACCGGCUUCCCUUUCCGGGAGCGCAGGGGGCGGCCGCCGGUGUCUCUUUCUCUCCGCUCCGCAGAGUCGGCUCUUGCAGCUCCUCUGCGGCGAGCAUGGCAGCUCGGAGACGCGGGGCCGCCCUGCGAUUCUGCGCUACAGUUUUUUUACUUGAUAUGGCUUUCUGUAAAGGAUAUGUAGAAGAUUUAGAUGAAUCAUUUAAAGAAAAUCGAAAGGAUGACAUUUGGCUUGUAGAUUUUUAUGCACCAUGGUGUGGCCACUGUAAAAAACUGGAACCAAUUUGGAAUGAAGUUGGUCUCGAGAUGAAAAGCAUUGGUUCUCCAGUUAAAGUUGGAAAGAUGGACGCUACUUCCUAUUCCAGCAUUGCUUCAGAGUUUGGAGUUCGAGGUUAUCCAACAAUUAAGCUAUUAAAAGGUGACCUGGCGUAUAAUUAUAGAGGACCACGAACUAAAGAUGAUAUAAUUGAGUUUGCUCACAGAGUGUCUGGGGCUCUAAUUCGGCCACUUCCAAGUCAGCAAAUGUUUGAACAUGUGCGGAAGAGGCAUCGUGUAUUUUUUGUUUAUAUAGGUGGAGAGUCACCUCUGAAGGAGAAAUACAUCGAUGCUGCUUCAGAAUUAAUUGUAUAUACAUACUUUUUUUCUGCCUCAGAAGAAGUCGUUCCUGAGUAUGUGACCCUGAAAGAGAUGCCCGCUGUGCUUGUUUUCAAAGAUGAAACUUACUUUGUUUAUGAUGAGUACGAAGAUGGUGAUCUAUCAUCUUGGAUCAACAGGGAGAGGUUUCAGAAUUAUCUUACGAUGGAUGGCUUCCUCUUGUAUGAACUUGGAGAUACCGGAAAGCUUGUGGCUAUUGCAGUAAUUGAUGAGAAAAAUACAUCAGUUGAACAUACCAGAUUAAAGUCAAUUAUUCAGGAAGUUGCUAGAGAUUAUAGAGACCAGUUUCACAGGGAUUUUCAGUUUGGCCAUAUGGAUGGAAAUGACUAUAUAAAUACCUUGCUGAUGGAUGAAGUAAAAGUCCCAACUGUGGUUGUACUGAAUACUUCAAACCAACAGUACUUUUUACUAGAUAGACAGAUUAAGAAUGCAGAGGACAUGGUCCAGUUCAUUCAUAACAUUUUGGAUGGCACAGUAGAUGCCCAAGGAGGGGAUAGCAUUUUGCAGAGAUUGAAAAGAAUAGUAUUUGAUGCCAAAUCUACUAUUGUGUCUAUAUUCAAGAGCUCUCCACUUACGGGCUGCUUUCUCUUUGGCCUGCCACUGGGUGUCAUCAGCAUCAUGUGCUACGGCAUCUACACGGCUGACACAGAUGGAGGUUACAUAGAAGAACGGUAUGAUGUGUCCAAAAGUGAGGCGGAAAGCCCAGAACCGGUAGAAGAGAGCAAAGAAAAACAGGAGCCCAGGAGUGGGGACUCUCUGGUGCCUGCGGUGCAAGAACCCAAAGAUGUGUUAGAAAAGAAGAAAGAUUGAGACUUGACUGAGAUAAAAUAUUUCAUAGGAUUUCAAAUUAUUAAAGAGUCUAUUUAUUGAAUUUAGACAUUUAAUCAUGACCUUUACAGAAGAGAACAUGGUGUUUGUAUUUUGCUAACAUCAACUGCAUGGGUUAUAAAAUAGUCCUUCCGUAAAUGGGGAGAUGUUUGGAGCAAAGAGAUGAAACGUUUGUCUACAACAAACAAAAUCAAAACACUCCAUCAAAGUUUACCUUAUAGAUGUUGUUCGACCAGAUCAGUUCUAUUUGCAUGUUUCUCUAUCCGAAUAUUCUGUUACAAAAUUAAGAUUCUUGGGCAGAAUAUUUAAAUUGGCCAGGCAGGUAGAAGAUACAUGUGUGAUAGAGAAAAAUAAUACCUCCACCUCCUACCAUCCAUUCUCCUCAUGUUUUGGAUAAGAUUUAUAUGGACAAAAUUAAGUCUUUAAAAUUUAGGCACUUUAAGGAGAACUAAUAACUUUUUCCAAGGAUCAAAUUAAGAUUAUGAGAUAAAAUAAUUCGGUUUUAUACAGAAUAGUGAUUUUAUUUUGUUAUUUUUAAAGGAGAGGAACUGUUACUUUUUACCUUUAUACUCAGUUGCAUUAUACAACUUUCAUAUGGGCCUAUAUCGUGGGGAAAAAAAUAGUCUUAUGUUUAAUCUUUGCAGGAGAAACAGGAUUUACUUGGAUCAGUGAUUUCAAAUGAUGCCCUGGACACUGAGAAGGUGUCUCAACCAACACUGCAGGAAGGGAGGGGUGUCUCUGUCACUCCUACACUGCUUUAGCCAGAACAGCAUACUUUUAUUUCUCUGUUUUAUAUAUUGGGAUUUCGUCUAAAAUUUUUUCUUUGGUAAAAAGCUCCUGCUGCUUUUUAAAAAGUAAUAUAUAUCAUGUUUUUAUUUUAUGGUAUGGUAACUUUAUAGUAAUUUAUAAUCUAGUGUGUGUGUAUGUAUAUCUAUAUAUACACAUACACAUGUACACAUAUAAAAUUUAUUGACAUCUGUUAUGUAAUAUUAUGGGCGUGUCUGUGUUCAUAAUGAGUAAUGAGUGGCAUAAUCAGCCUGUUAAGAAACUUCAUGUCCAGUGAUUCAAGACAUCUGCCAGUUACCUUCUCCAUCCUCCCAGUUGCUAUCCAUUUCAGCUUAUGACCUCUCGUCUUCUCUCCAUAACGGAAUAACAUAGGAAUUCUAUCCCAAGUUAUGUACAGAAACUGGUAUUUUUAAAAUAACAGUGUGGUAUGUUUAUUGUAGAUUAGUUUAUGUUUGAGACCUUCAUUUUAGCUAAGUUUAGGAUUUUUAUUAAGUGACUGUAAUUUGGGUGGUUAUUCAUUGAGUUAUGAAACAUUUUAAAAUGUUUCAUCACUUUAAAACUAUGUAAUUCAUGGUCCUGAUAGUGAAGCUGUUUAGGGCCGUGGUCCCCAGGGCGGCCUGGGGCUAUUUCUGAUGCCAUGGUUAUCAGUACUAAUCUGACGCUCUUGUGCCUUUGUCCUAAGGAGUUACUGGGAAUUGCUCUCCUGUACCUUUUAGUAUAUAGUCAUUACUUGUUCUUAAUGUUUGGCGCCCCAUUAUUAUCAUUUCUAUAAAUGAAGCACGUAUGCAGUCACAGGAAAUUUCACAAAAUACUAGAAUGAAAUGUUAUUCUUAAAUGGAAACUGGAGAUAAAUGCUGUUAAUUUAACAAGGAAAUUUCUCUCUAAAGAAAACGAGCGAGUCUUUUAGAAAAUAGACAUUAAUGUUGGCAGCAGUCAGGCUUAUCUUGCAGCUGUGAAGAGCUUAGCUAAAUACAAGUGCCUCACGUUAGUCUCAGCCUGGUAGGGAAGUUACAGCUUAGCCACUACCAGUGACAGGAGGAAGCUGUAAAAAUGUCAUGGCUUUUUUCUUCAUGUUUAUCACUAACAGAUGUCUGUUAUCGGCAUGGUUUUGUCUUUUGUCAAGCACACCUAUAAAUUAAA